AUGGAGACUUCAAGUUCUAGUGGGCAAUUAUUAUAUGGACCCGAAGACCCGUCCUUGCUAAAUUUGCAGAAACAUCACAUUUCACAUAAACUCAUGAAAGAGGGCACAACCCAAGUAUUUAAAGUCCGAAGGACAGAAAGCAAGACUUGGGACGUCGCAAUUCACGAGAAUGUUAGAUAUUGGCUUGACGUCUUUGGUUUCAAAGGCGUAAUCGAUUGUGGGAAGCCCAUGAAGGUGGACAACGAGCUGAUCACGGCGUUGAUUGAGCGUUGGAGACCGGAGACGCACACUUUCCAUCUACCGAUUGGUGAGGCGACGAUCACCUUGGAAGAUGUGCAAGCCAUUUGGGGCUUGAGGGCAGAUGGUCGCGUUUUCACAGGGCGUGACUAUCAUGACAACUUUCCAGACUGGGCCACCAAGUGCCGCGAUCUGUUGGGAUGGAUGCCAGAUACUUCCACAGAGACAAAGCAAGGCGGUUUGCUGAUGACCGCACUGAUCAACCAGACAAGGAUGCCUCUGGGUGAUGACCUUCCUAUGUACGUAUACAUCCAAAGGGCACGUAUCCAUGCCCUAAUUUUAUUAGGUGGUCUCAUUCUACCGGACACCACGGGGUGUAAGGUGCCAUUUAUGUGGUUGAAUGGGCUUGGGGAUCCGGAAGAGGUAAAGAAUAUUAGUUGGGGAAGUGCGGCAUUGGCCUACCUUUAUCAUUAUCUGUGCGAGGCUUCCAUGGAUAAGAGAAAAGAGUUGGGCGGGCCUAUGAUGCUUCUGCAGCUAUGGGCGUGGGAAAGAAUGCCCACAUUGAGGCCUGCGUUCAUUGGACCCGUUGUGCACGAGCCAUAUACACCAUGUGGCGCUAGGUGGAAAGGAACAACGCAGAUAGGAAAUGCUCCUAGACACUCGGUUGAGCAUUAUCGUGACCAAAUAUCUCUGAUUAGACCUAGCCAGUUUAUCUGGACGCCAUACGCACAUUGCAUACUGCCUGACUACUGCAAUGAUGUGACUGGAUGCUCUCUCUGCGAGACCUACUUGGUAUGUUGGGCCUAUGUCGAGGCCCAUGAGCCUGGACGAGUGCGCCGACAGUUCAAUCGGUAUCAGGAUAUACCGCAGAAUGUAGACAGGACGCUAAGGAACGCCGAUCAUUUAGGCAAAAAUGAUCGGCGUGGUAAAAAGGGCAACAACUGGGCAAACACGCAUCAGUUCUACAUUGGGGAGUGGGGCAUGAGGUACGAAAGGUCCCAAGCUGCCGAAUACGCCGCACCGAUGUCCUUGGAUAUUCCCAUGAACCCGGGUUAUAUGGCGUGGUAUAACAGAAUUACCGUGACGUACAUGACUCGGCCUGGGGCACGGGCCACUCCUGGGAUGAAUGAGUCGGCUGCUUCGAUGCGCUUAUUUGUUGAGGCUUUUCAGCGGGUUUUCCAUUUAACUACGGAAGACGAAAUGGACCCCCGAGUGCGCCAGAUUCGAGAAAUUGUUAGGACUACCCUCGAAGAUACGAACAACGGUGAUGUCAUGGAGUACCCCGCUUCUCAACAUCAGGAUGUGGUCCUGCCGUAUCAAGAAGAAGUAGUUCCACGACGUCGUGGAGCGCGUGGUGUUCGGACUGGUGGACACGGCUACACAAAGCAGUUUAGGAUGUCUCAGGCGCCUCCCGAUUAUGUAGCACCAGAGGCGCAGUAUCAAGAGCAUGACCCACCCCAGUGGCAGACAGAAUACAGAGAGUUCGCCCGAUCGGACGAUUCCAUCUUCUAA